AUGUCAUUGAAUCCAGAUACUUUUACGGACAAGACCAACAAGAUAUUGUUGGCCAGUCAGGAGUUGGCCAGAGACAAGGGCAACAAUCAAUUGACUCCUCAACAUUUGUUGCAGGCAUUAUUGGAGGAUGAGGAUCGUCUCGCAGCCACAAUAUUCGAAAAGGCUGGUGGCGACCUAAACAAAAUCGAGAAUGGAUGUAAGCGUUUAGUAACAUCAUUGCCAGUUCAGAAACCACCUCCAAAUGAUAUUACACCAAACAGUGCAUGUUUGAAUGUACUUCGAGCAGCGGCCAAGAAUCAAAAGAAUAAUGGUGAUUCCCAUUUGGCAUUGGAUCACUUGAUCUUGGGCCUGUUGGAGGAAUCGUCCAUCUUGUCGAUACUGGGCGACGCAGGUGCCAAGAAGGACCAGGUACAGGCCGCCGUCAAAGAGGUGAGGGGAAACAAAAAGAUCACCUCUGCCACUGCCGAAUCAACAUACGAGGCAUUGUCCAAGUAUGGUCAUGACAUGGUGGCCGAUGCUGCCUCUGGCAAGUUGGACCCAGUCAUUGGUCGUGAUGAGGAGAUCAGAAGAGUGAUCAGAGUGCUCUCCAGAAGGACCAAGAACAAUCCAGUACUAAUUGGUGAGCCAGGUGUUGGAAAGACUGCUGUAGUUGAAGGUUUGGCUCAAAGAAUUGUACGUGGUGAUAUUCCAGACAACUUGAAUGCAAGAGUGAUCUCUUUGGAUAUGGGUGCAUUGAUUGCCGGUGCCAAAUACCGUGGAGAGUUUGAGGAACGUUUGAAAGCCGUACUAAAGGAGGUCAAGGACUCUAACGGUGGAAUCAUCUUGUUUAUUGAUGAGAUUCACUUGGUUCUUGGAGCGGGCAAGACUGACGGUGCAAUGGAUGCAGCCAACCUCCUCAAACCAAUGUUGGCACGUGGUGAACUAAGAUGUAUCGGUGCCACAACACUGGAUGAGUACAGAAAGUACGUCGAGAAGGACCCUGCAUUCGAGCGUCGAUUCCAACAAGUGAUGGUCAGCGAGCCAACUGUCAAUGACACCAUCUCCAUUCUCCGUGGUCUAAAGGAACGUUAUGAAGCACAUCAUGGAGUCAGGAUCUCGGACAGCUCACUGGUUGUUGCUGCACAACUCUCUGCUCGUUACAUUACAAACCGUUUCCUUCCAGACAAGGCCAUCGACUUGCUCGAUGAGGCCUGUGCCAACAUUCGUGUUCAAUUGAACUCACAACCAGAGGCCAUUGACCAACUCGAGAGAAAGAAGUUGCAGUUGGAGGUUGAGCAGACUGCCUUGGAGAAGGAGGAAGAUGAUGGAUCAAAACUUCGUCUCGAGACUGUCAAGGAAUCAUUGGCCAAGAUCAAGGAUGAGUUGACGCCACUUCAGGCCAUCUAUCAAAAGGAGAGAGCAAGAGUUGACAAGAGCAGAGACCUCAAAAAGAAGUUGGAGGAUGUAAAGGUCAAGCUGGCCGACGCCGAGCGUCGCUAUGACCUCCAACUCGUCGCUGAUCUCAAGUACUACGUCAUCCCAGACCUAGAGAAGCAGAUUGAGGCUUCCAACCAAGAGAGAAAGUCUGCCAAGAACAAUUCAUUGGUCAGUGAGGUGGUGGGACCAGAGCAGAUCGCCGAGGUGGUCUCAAGAUGGACAGGCAUUCCAGUGACAAAACUCUCUCAAACAGAGAAGCAGCGUACACUCACACUUGGUGAACAUCUCCACAAGAGAGUGGUUGGCCAAGAUGAUGCCGUUGAUGCCGUUGCAGAGGCAGUGCUCAGAUCACGUGCAGGACUCUCCAGAGAGAACCAACCACUUGGUUCAUUCUUAUUCUUGGGUCCAACUGGUGUUGGUAAGACUGAAUUGGCAAAGGCAUUGGCAUUUGAACUGUUUGAUGAUGAGAAACAUAUGGUCAGAUUGGAUAUGAGUGAAUACAUGGAGCAACAUGCUGUUGCUCGUUUGAUUGGUGCUCCACCAGGUUACGUUGGUUAUGACCAAGGUGGCCAACUCACCGAAGCAGUCAGAAGAAGACCAUACUCUGUCGUACUAUUUGACGAGGUGGAAAAGGCUCAUCCACAAGUAUGGAACAUCCUCUUGCAAGUGUUGGACGAUGGUCGUCUCACCGAUGGUCAAGGAAAGACUGUGGACUUUAGCAAUGUAGUGAUCAUUAUGACCAGUAACCUUGGUUCACAGUAUCUUUUGGCCGAGAGCAACCCAGAGAUAUUCAACACUGGUCUCUCACAGCACGUCAAGGAUCAAGUGAUCAACGAGGUUAGGAAACACUUUAGACCAGAGUUCCUCAAUCGACUGGAUGACAUGGUGGUGUUUAGUCCAUUGACCAAGAACAACCUAGAGUCCAUUAUCACACUCCAACUCAAGAGUAUCACUCGUAGAUUGGACUCUCAAAACAUUGUGGUCAAUGUCAAGAAGCCAGCAUUGGCAAUGAUCAUGAGGAAUUCCUAUGAUCCAUCUUAUGGAGCACGUCCAAUCAAGAGGUACUUGGAGAAGCACAUAGUCACAGAGUUGAGUAAGUUGAUUCUCAAUGGUGAUCUAAAGGAGAACUCUAUUGUCAACAUUGAUGAGAAGGAUCAAAAGUUGACAUUUGGUGUUGUUUGUCAACAACCAUCACCUGCUACAAACAAGAAACAAAAGAUAUCAAAUUAA